AUGGGAGGUUCACCCUGGGAGCAGCAUGUUGGCCAGAGUGUCUUCAUUCCUGCGCGAUACAUCCUCGCCUUGGUCCAGGUAAUCCUGAACGGCAUUUGCUAUAAGUACCCGGAACCGUAUCUGCGAGAAGCGCUGCCCUUCGGGAACUACGAGGAGAACCAGACGUCGCUCCGUGCUGUAGUGUUUUUUACGCUCUUUUUCACUGUCGGUGAGCUGAUGCUCUUCGUAAUGGGCUACAGCCUCUACCAACGGGGGUUGCAGCUGACACAAACCGUUGUCCACUUUUUUGGUGCGCUGUUUUCUCUUUUCGUCGUUCUUUCCGGGGCUCAUUACUACUGGUGGAGCCACUUCCUUCUCUACACAGCAAUUGUGCCCUUUCUGAUGCAGGUUUUCUGCGACGCAACCAUUUUUGCCAUGCGGUUUGCGUAA